AUGAAGUUCUCCACUGUUGCUGCUAUCUCUGUUUUCGCCGCUGCUGUUUCUGCCAGCGAUGUUGCUGCCGUCUCUCAAAUUACUGACGGUCAAGUCCAAGCUACCACUGUUUCAACCGCCACUGCUGCUGAAACUACCACCGCUGCUGAAACCACCACUGCUGCUGAAACCACUACCGCCGCUGAAACCACCACUGCUGCUAUUGUUACCCAAACCACCAACGGUGCUGCUAACAUUAAGGUCGGUGGUGCUAUUGCUGGUGUUGCUGCCGUUGCCGGUGCUUUGUUGAUCUAG